AUGGACAGAACAAGCGACCAACGCCGUACAAGUUCUCCUACUUAUAAUCGACCUCGGGAUACUACACCAUAUCGUUCAAACACUACCUAUUCAGAAAGGGAUAACUACUCAAGUUCCCAUUAUAUACCUUCACGGAGCUAUUCGCAAAAUCCAGAAUACUCAAUGAGAGAACCUCCGCAAGGUAUCACUCGUUAUGAAGGACGAGAAGAGGAAUCACAGAUAGCUUUCAGGGGACAAGUCCCGUAUGCUGGUAAUUCAAGAGAUCUAAAACCAUAUGGAAGACCGCAACUACUACCUCCUCAACCUUAUGAUCGAAGACCACCUUAUCGUGGUGGAACACCAUAUAAUAUUCCACAUUCUCGUCAAAAUGCUGGUGGACCACCACCCCAUAAUCACAGGGAUUUUAGUGGGCCACCGUAUAACCCGCCCUAUUCAAGGGGAAGUCCAAUUCAACAUCACCCACCCUAUCAAAGGCCACCGUUUCACACAUCUCCUUUUCCUCCAGCCACUCCAAGGCCCCCGAUCUCCCAUCAACCUUUGUUUCCAUUAAUUCCUACAAAACCGACACAGAGUCCGAUAUCAUAUGCACCAGCAUUAGAAGAAAAGAUAGCGCAAUAUAAAGAAAAGUUCCAACAAUUUAGGGAAGAAGAGUUCAAAUUAACUGUAGACCUUCACAAAAGGCGUGGAGAAUUGAACAAAGCAACAUGGGAACUGACCAAAGUCACGCAUAACACUGCAUUGGCACUACAGCAAAUUGAAGUUCUUUAUACACCGGAACAGAUUGAGGCUCUU